CCACUUCCCGGCUCACGACAAUAGCUUCAUGUCUUCAACUCUCGUUGUCAUUAUCUGAGAACGCCAGUCAUACCGAGUCGCUAAAUUCUGACCGAAUACAGGACCGGUUAGCUCAAUCUAGGUAUUGUAAACUGGUUGUAAUAUCCAGGUCGGGCUAGGUUGUAAAUUAGAACCGGGCGCCCCCAUGCUGCCUGCGUUUCUUCGCCUCACACGACCAUCAGUGUUGACGACCUCGCUGUCCAAAUUAGUUCCGCCUCACCAACGGUUGCGAUUAUCUACCUCUCCUCUCUCUCGGCGUACACCAAAGCCAUCCCGCCUCCUCAAAUAUAGUCGCCGCACAGUUCUUACGCUCUGUGGUGUUGGCGCCGUGUGGAUUGUAGACAGACAGUACAAUGCAUCUGCAAUAACCCGGAAUAUCCAAACUUUCUGGACAUGCUCCGUAAUUGCAUUAGAUUACAAGUUGAACUUUACACCUGAGCUCAGCGACAGCAUACCCUUGCUGCAUGAGCGUGUCGCCGAGCGAAUGUACGAUCUCUUUACCUCUAACGGCGGGCUUUAUAUCAAGAUUGGGCAGGCAUUCGCGAACAACGCGGCGCUAAUGCCACGGCCGAUGCAGGAGAAAUUCGCGAAGCUGUUUGACGACGCUCCACAGAUACCGUAUAGCGUCGUCAAGGACGUGUUCCUGGCAGAGUUUGGAAAGCCGCCAGAUGGACCAGACGGCGUCUUCGAAGUGUUCGAGCAGAAGGCCGCGGCGAGCGCGAGCAUUGCCCAGGUGCACCGCGCAAAGCUCAAGAGAAACGACGGCUCGGAUGAGUGGGUCGCGGUCAAGAUACAAAAGCCAGACGUGAACAAGCAGGUCGAGUGGGACUUGGUCGCCUUCCGCAUCGUCAUGUGGAUAUACGAAAAGUAUAUCUUCGACAUGCCUGUGUACUUUGUCGUCGAUUUCAUCUCUGAUCACUUACGCCGCGAGCUCGACUUUACGUUGGAGGCUGAGAACGCGCUGAAGACAGCCGAAUUCAUUGCUGCAGAACCUCGCCUCGCGGAUAGGGUAUAUAUUCCGAAGGUGUAUCCUGAGCUUUCGACGAAAAAGGUAAUGGUUGCUGAGUGGAUAGAUGGUGUGCGGCUGAGCGAUCGCCGCGGCAUCCGACGACUCAUGGGCGAAGACGAUGGUGCCGACGCCUUACCACGCACGCGGUCGCUGAAAGGUGGCGUGAAGACGAUCAUGCAGACGAUGGUCGAGCUGUUCAGCGCACAGAUCUUUGAGUGGGGCUGGGUGCACUGCGAUCCCCAUCCUGGAAAUAUCAUCAUUCGGCCGCAUCCCGCACACCCCCGUCGACCGCAGCUCGUGCUGCUUGACCACGGGCUAUACGUACGCCUCACCCGCGAGUUUCAGCGCGAAUAUGCGACGCUGUGGAAAGGCUUGAUGACGCUCGAUCACGACGUCGUGAAAGGUGUCGCUGCGCAGUGGGGUAUUGGCGCGCCGGACAUCUUUGCGAGCGCGACAUUGAUGCGACCUGUACGGUUUGCGGGGCAGGAGGCGGAGAACCUCGAGAACUUGAGCGAAUACGACCGCAGUGUGCGGCUCAAGGAGAAGCUGAAGAGCUUCCUGACGGACACAGACAAGAUCCCAAAGCCGCUCAUCUUCAUCGGCCGGAACAUGCGCAUUGUCCAAGCAAACAAUCAGUCCUUCGGCUCGCCCGUGAACCGCAUCCGCAUCACAGGCUACUGGGCUUCGCGCUCGCUCACGCAGGCGCCCGAUCUCCCGCUACUCGCGCGCCUGCGCGAGUACCAGCGCUACCUCGUCUUCCUGCUCGUCACGUUCUCGAUCGACGUCGCGUUCUGGGUAAGCAAGGUGCGACAGGGCGUGCGGCUGUGGCUCGGCCUGAGUAGCGAGGGUUUCGAAGACGAGCUCGAGCGCAGCAUGCGUGGGUUCGCGAAGAGCAACUUCGGCAUCGAGAUCACUCAGGAGAUGUUCGAGGGCUGACAGGAUUGGGACGCGGGGUGGCGAGGAUAGUGUUUAGACAGAGAGAUGGAGCCUGGAUCGGUACGUAUUGCCUAGAAUAAUACAUGGCAGAUAAUCUUAUAGCUUCCGUCUCCAUGAUAUGGCGGUUGACCUGGUCAUCGACCGCACAUCCGGAUAGCUUUGCGCG